CGCUGCUGGAAUGAAAACAAUGAUGCUAUCGUACCUCAUUAUUGCAGGGCUAUGUUUCUGGCUAAGUCGUGCAUAUCGUAGACGAAAUACUGCGGUGACUUUUAAAGACCAUACGGGCGAGCGGGUUGUCAUUUUCGGUGCCUCAUCCGGUAUCGGCGAACAACUGGCUCUACAAUAUGCUCGGCGGGGCGCACGUCUUGUCUUGGUCGCUCGGCGGGAAGCUCUUCUAGAAUCCGUCACCUCGGGCUGCCUCUCUUUUCCAACAUGCAAACAGGCCUCGUAUAUUGUGGGCGACAUUACUCAAGAAGCAGAUCUACUUGGAAUUGUUGCCGCUACAAAAGACCAAUUAGACGGAUGCGAUACAGUAGUCAUCAAUGCGGGGAUACUAUCUAUCCUCCCAUUUGAGCAAGUGUGUGAGAAGGAUACGACAAGGAUUAUACAACCCUUAUUUGAAACAAACACUCUGGCUCCAAUCUACAUUGCAAAACACUUUAUGCCCCUUUUAAAGCAAUCUCGAGGAAAGUUUAUUGUUGUGUCUUCGCUGGCUGGAUCCCUCCCGGCACCAACGAGAUCACUCUACGCAGCAAGUAAGCACGCCGUAAAUGGGUUUUUUAAUUCGUUGAGAAUAGAGGUUCAGCAGUAUGGCGUAUCAGUGUGUAUUUGUUUACCCGCGAGUGUGGACACGGGGUUAAGAGAGAGUGCUGUGGAUGCUACUGGUGGUGGUGGAAAGAAGGAUGGUGAAUCCAAAUUGGACCCUGAGACGUGUGCUAGGGAGAUUAUCCGUGCGGGGGAUCUGAGGAAAACCGAGGUUUAUAUCCCAAGCAAGUAUUGGGUGGGCGUUGUUUUGAGAAACUUUGUGCCAGGGUUCGUGGACGGGAUGGCCGCGAAAAAGUAUGGGUUUGCUAGGUAGCUUUGCUAGAUGUGACGAAUACAUAUUCUUCAUCUACUGCUACCAUUGUUACCGCAUAAUUUCAAGUGUAUAUAUAAAAAGACAAUAUCUACAAAAAUAGUUUUGUUUCGCCG